UGUGAAUACGAACACGCAAGAUUGGAAUUUGUUAGCCGCAUGAUUUUAUGCAUACGCAGUAGUCCUGGAAGACUUAAUUCUCUUCUAUUUCGUUUUAUCUUCCCGCCUAACCCAUACCGACCGGCGCAAUGACAUCAUCAGAGGAAACAUUGCCUGUUGCUGCGGUAUCACUGAGAAUCGAUGAGGCCGCUGAGCGUGCAGCUCAAGGGGAUGUGAAAGCAGAAUUAUCUUCUUCCGAAAGUCCUGAGCAAUCCUCAAAGAGUCCAAAUACCAAGGAUGUUGACCGCGAUGCCUUCGUUCCCGCCCUUCCACCGCUUCUGGCGGACGCUGGAGAGAAGUCCAUCGACGAGCAGCUCAAAGACCUUCAGUCCCAUCCUAUGUUCAUGAAAUCCCUACCCAAUGAACCCAAUGAAUUUGUCGAAGCUCUCCAGGCUAUGGCCUACGAGGGCACUCGUGCCGAAGUCGCGGCCAACUUCCGGGAACAAGGCAAUGAUUGCUUCAAGACGGGCCACUGGCGGAAUGCUGCGGAAUUCUACACCAAGGCCAUUGACCACCUGAUAAAUGGUACGAGUGAAGAUGGCCAGAAGAGUGAUGAAAAGGGCAAUUCCGCACCACAGGAGGAGGAGGUAGAAGAAGCAGAGAUCGAGCUUCCUCGUCUUGAAAACGGGGAGCCGGUACUAUCACCUGAAGAGGAGAAGAAGGUCGAACAUGCACAUUUACUAGCUUGUUUAUUGAACCGGUCCUUAUGCAAUCUGAAGUUGCAGAACUUCCGAUCGGCCUCAUUGGAUGCUAGACAAGCCCUUGUACUUGACCCAUCCAGUCUCAAAGGCUAUUAUCGGGUUGCAUUGGCGCACUACCAUCUUUCCGACCCGAACGGUCCUUCGGCUACUCCCCUAGAUCAUUUAAAGAGCUCCAAGGAGGCGGCGAAUAAAGGGCUGAAGGUACAUCCGAGCGACAGAGACCUGGUAGCCCUGUCCGAGAAGCUUCAUGCACGCGAGAAACAGAUGUAUGACAAGGGGCAGAAGAAAAUCCAACAGCAGCAGAAGAAGUUCACCAAAACCGCUAUUCUCAAAGCUGCUCUCACUUCAAGAGGCUGGGUCAUAGCGGAUACGGGGCAAAGACACGGACGACCGGACCUUGAGGAUGCAGAGAUCCGUCUAGACGACCCCAACGACCCGAAAAGCGAGCUAAGCCUUCCAUUGCUUGUGCUCUACCCAUUAGCAGCGCAGUCGGACUUUUUGAAACAAGUGUCAGAAGCCACCAAGAUCGGUGAAGUUAUAGGUACUGUGCUUGAAGAGCGGCCGUUCUGGGAUACCAACGCAGAGUACGCCCCCGAAGCCACUGAGUGUUAUGCGGAGAGUGCCAAAGGGAGCAUGCUGAAGUUGGGGAGGAAAGUGAAGUUGGAAUCGGUGCUUGCUGGCGGAAAAGUGGUGUUGAAGGAUGGGAUGCUAACUCUUCAUGUCGUCCCUAAAUCCGGGGUUGACAGCUGGCUUGAAGAGAUUAGAAAAAGACGACAAUGAGCGUCUGCCUGAAUGUCUCUCAAGUGAGUCCGGGAUGGGAUUAUCCUAUAUCCUCGCCGGGGAUGAUGAGAACAUCUUCGCUGGCGCAUACGUCCACCCUCAUCUACCUUACUCCACAUCGAUCUCGUACGUGUUGGGUUGACCUUCUGGUACAACAUCCAACACUUAUCAAAGACUAAUUGUUGAGCAUAAAUGCUGCUUAUCCCAUUGCUGUAUGGGUCAG